CAAUCGAUAAAGAAGUUUUUGAAAAUUCCUUAUCAACUACUGAAGAAGAUAAGCAAUUCGGAAUAGAAAUCGAACAUGAAAUAUUAAAACUAAACAAAAAUAAUUACAAAUAUCAUAUAAGAGCACAUUUUCAUAAUUGGGGUAAAGGUUUAUAUUAUUAUGUAAUGAAUGAUA